UGGUUGCGUGGGUCCCCUGGUACCGGGAAGACGGCAAUUUGUAUGAGCGUUGCAUCCACCCUCAACGGUCAGGGUACCCUGGCGGCGUCGUUCUUCUGGGAUAAGAACCAAGCGGCGACGGGCCUCGAUUCCAUUGAACACUUUCCUUCCACUCUCGCGCGCCAAUUCGCGGUCUUUAACGAGGACUUCAAGAUGUCGCUUGUCAAACACCUUCGACAUCCAUCUUUAGACUUUGUCACGAGCCUUCCUCUAGAUGACCAAAUGAACUGCUUGAUCAUCAAACCAAUGUACGAUAUGAUAGAGAUGCUGCCCUCUGGAACGGACCGCUUCGUCGUUGUGCUAGACGGUUUAGAUGAGUGC